UCACUCGGAGAUUAAGCACGAGUGCGGCGUCUGCUCCUGUUUGCAGGCAGAAGUCGGAGCAGCUGUGAUUUGGUGCCGUAGAAAGAAAAGUGUAAAUGUGUCUUUGAGCCUGGAACAAACACAGGAGGCUGUAAAUGAACAGACUGAAGUUCAAAAGUCAAAAUUACAAAAACUGCUUCAAAAAAGAAAACGAAACAAAAUGUGAAAGUUCCGGUUCUGAAAAGCGACGAGUAUGCCGCGAAGGACACCAGGCUGCCACCAGGGGGCGUCGUAACACUAAACGGUCCUAUUGCAAUCAUCGUCUCAGCACACGGAGGGACAGGUGGUUCAAAAGUGAAAGAAAACUGUGAAAAAGUCAAAGCAGACGCUGAAGCUGCCAAAACAGCUGUGUUAGAAGCAACGCUGCAAAGUGACAGCAUGAGGAAGCAGCAGUCAGGCAAAGUUCACACGGCCCGUUAGUUCUGCAUUACUCAUUGCAACAGGCAGGAAACACACAUGACACAUUCAACGUCUCUCUGCAUCACACUCACACCACAGACUCACAGAGGGAGGGAGCAGAGGAGAGGAGGUGAACCACAGAAGGAGCAGAGGAGACGCUGAGAGCCUGCACACUGGACCGAUCGAGCUCCUUCAAAGGGAACAGACGAAGAGCGAGACCAGAGAGGAGCAGGAAGACGUAAAGGAGAAGUUCAAACCUGAACUACAAAAGUCCGGCGUAAACGCUACGCAGAAGAGAAAGAGCUGCGAAAGGCAAACAGACGAAGAGGAGCAGGAGGAGAACGUGCACAACCAGAGGGGGAGACCCUCACCCUUUAAGGAGCAGGGAGGAGGAUUAGACAUAUAAGGAGGCGAGACAGCAGGAACGCCAACAUCGACAAAGGUGGAGCAAAAAGAGGAACGGAGAAAGACGAGGUGAGGAGAGGUGAAGCAGCGGUGUCGUCAUGGAGGAGGACAUCAGGAAGCAGGGGGUGCUGUACCUCCAGCAGCAGAGGUUUGGAAAGAAGUGGAAGCGGGUGUGGUGCGUGCUGUACAGAGAAAGCUCCUGCUCCAUCUCCAGGCUGGAGUUCUACGAGUGCAAAGACGGAGGCAACGCCGAGAAGAAUGACAAAACCCUGCGCAAGCAGCAGGAGCACAAGAAGGUGAUCCGUCUGGCGGACUGUAUCCGGGUGACGGAGGUGGAGAUGGAGGGAUGUCCCAAAGACACCGGGUCCUUCCUGGUGGAGACCACGGAGAAGAUCUACGUGUUCGCCGCUGACAGGAACCAUCUGGAUGACUGGACACACAAGCUGUGUGAAAUCGCCUUCCCU